AUGUCAUGCCCUGAUUGUUUUCGAGGAAGUUUGCAUACCAAUCUGGGUCAGCCGACCGACAAGAGUCAGGUGCUGGAUGUUCACGGCCUUACAUGUUACGUUGCUUUGCCUCCAAUACCGAUGGCCAAUAAACCACAGUCUACGAUUAUCUACCUUCCGGACGCUUUUGGCUGGCAAUUCAUCAACAACCAGCUCCUAGCAGAUGCCUACGCUAAAGAAACUGGCUUUCGGGUCAUUAUACCAGACAUCAUAAAUGGGGGCCCUUUGAAUCCAAUUGCGAUGCAGCUUAUGGAUGCGGUUUCAGAGCCUGUAAAAGGGUUCAAUGUUUGGGCAUAUUUCAAGAAAGGAUAUACGCUCGUCAAGUUGCUAGCUAUUGUUCUCCCAUUCAUGAUGCGCUCUAGUGCAUACAAGACUUAUCCAAAGCUGUUGGAAUUCGCUCGCAGAGUCAAAGCCGAUUUGCCACCUGGGGCGAAAUUGGGUGUAUGCGGAUUCUGCUGGGGGGGUCUUCCAUCAACAUUGUUAUGCGCAGAACCACUGGCUAGUUGGUCACAAGAUAGGCUUAUCGAUGCGCAUUUCGCAGCCCAUCCCAGCCGCCUAGGUGCACCAAAGAUGGUUGUCGAUGCCAUCGAAAAGUUCAAGGUUCCAUAUUCGUUGGCUGCUGCUGAGGAAGAUCCAAUACUUACGCCUGACAAAAUUGAGAAUCUGAGCUCUACUUUAGAAUCUUCAUUUGGACCUGGAGAUGGCGGGAACGGGUUUAAUUAUGAAAUCGUCGUUUAUCCUAGAUGCCAGCAUGGUUUUGCGAUACGUGCGAAGGAAGGAGACGAAGAUGCUGCUAUAUGCGCGAAAGAAGCUCAGGCUCAGGCUGUUCGAUGGUUUCAGCGAUGGCUGUAG